CGGUAGAAAAUGACUGACUGACUGACUGACUGUGAUGCUUUUGUACUCGGUUUAGAUUUUCAAGCCACGCCCCCUUGCGUGCCGAGCCUCCGGAAGUGGGAGGCCGGCUUUAAGCUCGAGCCGCGGCUUGUGGUGACCUCCGUCUGCCUCAGGGAGAGGAGCUCCGUGUCGAAACGCUGCUGGGAUGUAUGGAAGAACGCGGCGGCUCAACGCUAACACAGCUGCAGGCGUGUGAAAGCACAUGAUAGUGGCAGCCACCCGGGUUGACUAGGAACCUAUCAGACCCCCUUUAACGCAGUGAUUAAAUGUUAAUGAAAAGCAUUAAUUAGCUGGAUAAUGUCUCUAAGCUUGCUCCAGCCCUGCUUUGUGUAUCCGUUGGUUAGCCGCUAGCGCCAGCUCCUUUUCCCCGUUGGUGUCCUUUGUUGCUCCCGGUUAGCGGAUGUUUUUCAGCAUCUGUCAGAGGCUCCAUCACCAGGACGACACCCGGCCGGACGACUGAUGGGAGGCUGAGGGAACAAUGCCGAGGUUCCUCCGUAUCAUUUUAACAGGCCUGUUGGCUGUUCUGUGUGAUGGAGUAGAAGCUUUUGGUGUUGGUGCGUAUGGUGGGAUGAGAGUAGUGAACGGAGACCACCACUGUUCCGGCAGAGUCGAAGUCAACCUUCACGAGAAGUGGGGGACUAUCUGUGACCACGACUGGGAUUUGCGGGCAGCUAGUGUGGUGUGCUCGGAGCUGGGUUGCGGCUUCGCUGAAUCGGCUUCUCGUGGCGCCGAAUUUGGCCCAGGCAGUGGAAUGAUUGCUUUGCGCUCCGUCCAUUGCAAAGGACAGGAAUCCAGGUUGAUCCACUGUGACGCCUUCAUUAACAGGAACUCUUUUUGCACCCAUCAGAAUGAUGCCGGCGUGAAAUGCUCAGGUACUUUAAUGGAGCCCAGGCUCUCAGUGCUGUCACCUCACUUUGUGUUCUCUGUUGGGGAGUCUGUUCAUUUUUACUGCAUCAUUCAACCACGUGACCGCAUCAGCAACGUUCACCUGUACAAGCAUGGAGUCGAUACGCCGCUGGUCACACAGAGUGCUGACCCGACCCAGAUUGGAGUGAGCCUUGUUUUGUCUGAUGUAGAAACUUUUCAGCAAGGCAGCUACAGCUGCCAGUACAACAUAAGGGGCGGUUUCCCUCCCCACCCGAUCAGAUCUCCACCCAGCCAUCCUGUUAAUAUUACUGUAGUUGACCUCUUGACCCCCCAUCACUGGUACAACACGUCCUCUGAGGCCCCAGCCGGCUCCGUCAUCAAAGGCGAGAGUUUUAAUAUCACUUGCUCCACCCCUCGGCAGUACCCUGGUGCUUCCUUCCAGCUUCGCCUGGUCCGUUCCAACGGCACGGUCCGGCAGUCCCUCCCAGCAGUCUCCCAGUCUGUUACUUUCACCUUCCCCAACGCCCAGAGCUCAAACGAGGGAUACUAUUACUGCCUGUAUCGGGUCCAGCUGGGCGGACGUACGUUUGUCUCCAGAGAAAGCCAGCCUCUACCUAUAGCCAUUAAAGAUCCUGACCCACUACUGAGCCCCAUGGUGAUCAGCUGGCUUGUGUCUGGGGUGACUUUUGUCAUAGCUGUCAUCAUUAUUUUUAUUGUGGCGAAGGUGGUGUGUAACAAGGAGAAGAAGCCGUCUGAAUUGGAGCGGGAGACCAGAACCUGUGUGGACAACACAUAUGUUGCCUUAUCAGUUAACAAGCUUUGAUCGAGUCUGCAGAUUUAAAUGUGUGGACAUCAAGGAGGACUCGAACCGUCUCCAAGCACAUCCGAACGGUAGAAGAUGUGGAUGGAACAGAGGCCACCACCUACUGGUGACUACUGGAACCAGUUUACAACAGUCUGGAUGAGGCCGACUUUUAUUCAGCACUUCCAUGACCGUACGACUGAGUAUUAGGGCCAGGCUAAGAAAAUCUUUUUAAAUUUUUUGGAAAUUCCGAGAAUAAAGUCGGAAUUUGAAUGACCGUUCUUACAAAAAGCAGUCUUCCAAGCGUUAAAAUGAGGACUGUUGAGCAUCUUGUGAAGUUAGACUUCAGUAUCUGUUUCACAAAUAAGGACAUUCUUAUUCUUUUAGCACAUCAGCAUCAAAGUAUUGGUAUCAGGACUAGACAAUUGUGCAUAUGACCGUCUUGUUUCAUAGAAAGAACCACACUGACUUGGAAGAAAUUGCUUGUUUUUUGGAAAUUGAGCUAUUACUUUUUUUCUUGUAAUGUUACGACUUUAUUCUCGUAAUUUCAAACAAAUAACGCUCUUAGCCUGGCUCUAAUACUCCGUCGUAUGAUACAGUAUGAUACUGAACUGGCUUUUUAUUCAUACCGGAAAACCAUGGAUAUUAUUGAUAUUCAAGCCUAUAUUGUAAUAAUGUGCAAGCUGACAGCCACAUUGGAGCAACAGCUGUAUAUGUUAGAUAUGUUGCUCAGGCCUGGCUGCUGUCACCAUCUCAGACGAACCGGAUCAGAAACCAGACACUAAACCUUAUAGCUAAUUAGAUGCUUGCCCUCAGAACAAUGAUCCUUAAAGGAUUAUAAGAUGUGAUGCAUUUUAAGAUUAACACUAUGCAUUUUCAUCUAGCUUUUUUCAAUGAUGCACUUCAUUUUGUAAAUGCUGUUGUUUUGUGUGCAGACUGUUAGACAAUCUAAACAUGUUGCUGAUGGUACCUUUCUUUGGAGCAAACUACAAAAUGAGGCUUUAUAGAAACCUUGCAGUAUAUGGUUCAUUUGUUUUUGUAUGUGUUAUUUACCAUGAUGACACUUUGUUUCCUGAAUAAAGACUUGAAACACAAAA